AUGUCAUUCGUGGAAACCGUGUGGGACACCCCAAGAGUUCUUCGUGCCAUGUGCGGCAGCAGCGGCAUCGGCACGAAGACGGUGCGGGUGCUGGCACUGCGAGGCGCGUCGGUGGUGCUGACGGUGCGCAGCACGGAGGCGGGGGAGGUUGCCAAAGCCUCCAUCAUCAAAGACAUCGAGGCGCGAAGCUCAGCGGCGGCGGAAGUUUCGGCGGAGGUGCGCGAGCGCGUGAGCGUGAUGCCUCUGGAUCUGGCGUCGCUCAAGUCGGUGCGCGCCGCGGACUAUCUGCGCCUCAACCGCCCUCUUCACCUGCUCAUCAACAACGCGGGCGUGAUGAUAUGCCCGUUCAUGCUCACAGCGGACGGGUAUGAGAACCAGUUCGGCACCAACCACGUGGGUGAGUGCAGGGAGGCAACCACGUGGGCUGAUCACACCACAUCUCCACCGCCUUUUUCUCCCUCUUUUUUCCGUCCCCCUGCACCCCCUUCCCCCCUCUUCCCUUCCAUCCCCUUCCCCCCUUCCCCUGCACACAUCCCCCACCCAAUUGCAUCGCACGUCGUACCCCCUUUAGGCCACUUCCUGCUGACCAACCUGCUGCUGCCGAAGCUCAAGGAAACCGCCAAGCAGGAGGGCGCAGAGGCGCGCAUCGUGAUCGUCUCCUCCGCCGCGCACCAGUUCCCGUACCCGGGCGGCAUCCGCUUUGACGCCAUUAAUGCCAAGGAGGGGUACGACUCGGUGAAGGCGUACGGGCAGUCCAAGCUCGCUAAUAUCCUGCACGCUUGGGAGCUCGCGAGGAGGCUCAAGGAGGAGGGUGCAGAAGUGACAGUGAACGCACUGCACCCGGGGGUGAUUGACACCAACCUCUCGCGCCACAUAGUGCCGCCAGGGACCAUCUGGCACACCCUCGGACGGUGCAGCCACCUCAUGCUUCCUUGCAGCGCACCCCUCAGUGGCGGGUGCAAGUGGGGGCUACUACGCAGACUCGCGGGCAGCAGAGGCAAGGCAACAGCGCUGAGCAAGGACAUGGAGCUGGCUGGGAAGCUGUGGGAGCUGAGUGAGCAGAUGGCCAGCAAGGAGUGA